GUCGUCAGUGAAAUCGUCAGCCCUUUUUACCUAAUAUGGUCACGCACGAGGUUGAUUGACGGCCCUGGGUUCCCUUGGCUCGCUCCGAACAGUAGACGGCACUUAGCCUGCUGAGCGGAGCAGCCAAAAAAAUUUAACUUGGAAUUUUAAAGAGCAAAGAUUGCAAUCGGGUGCAUUCGGCAAUGCGGAAAUAGAUGGACGUUUCAUGCCACUGAGCUUGCAUCCACAGUCUUGGGUCGCAGAUCAGAAGCGCUCAGACCAGUAAAACGGGAUUGCAUGAUUUAGCGGAGCGCAAUUCAAUUCCACGCUGUAUGUUUUGGUAUAUGUUUGCUUUGGAGGACAGCGGACACGCAGUUUUGGGAUCUCAAGGAUUUUUUUAAAUGUGUUUUUUUAUUUUAUUUUAUUUUUCUUGAAUAAGUGGGUUAUCGUUUUUGGAGAUCAAAAGAUUGCUUUGUGACUGUCAAGCGUCAACAUGGACGUGUUAGCAAAUCACAGUAUUUUUCAAGAGCUGCAGCUGGUGCACGACACCGGCUACUUCUCCGCUUUGCCUUCCCUUGAAGAAAAUUGGCAGCAGACGUGCCUGGAGCUGGAGCGCUACCUGCAGACGGAGCCCAAGAAGUUCACAGACCCCUUCGAUGAAGACUUAGACUGCCUCUUGACGCCUUCCUUCAUGAAGGUUGAAGUCGAGGACCCCCAGGACUCCUUACUGCUCUCAGAGCAGCCUAACCCCACGGGACUCCUCAUUUCCCAGGACAGGGUCCUGCUGAAGGCCCCCCUGAGUGUCCAGACAGCAGACUCCAUGACCAAAGAGGCAUGCGCCGGCAUGGGGGGAGGCGUGAACGCAGCCCAGCUCAGCGCCGUCACCUCCCUCACUCCACCCUCCUCCCCCGAGCUCGGCAGACACCUCAUCAAACCCCCGCAGACGCUCACGGCCGGCGCCGACGGCACGCUCACACUCAAGCUGGUGGCGAAGAAGAUCGGCACAGGGGCUGCCAAGGUGGUCGCUGUGGCAACUCUGCCCUCCCCGACGAAGGGGGCGCAGAGUGAUGGGGAGCAGGGGGCCGUUGGCAGCAGAACAGCUGAAACUACCCCCGAAAACAAGAAGCGGGUCCAUCGCUGCCAGUUCAACGGCUGCCGCAAGGUUUACACAAAGAGCUCCCACCUAAAAGCACAUCAGAGGACACAUACGGGGGAGAAGCCUUACAAGUGUUCGUGGGAGGGCUGCGAGUGGCGCUUUGCACGGAGCGAUGAGUUGACGAGGCACUACAGGAAGCACACUGGAGCCAAACCGUUCAAGUGUAACCACUGCGACAGGUGUUUCUCCCGGUCCGACCACCUGGCUCUUCACAUGAAGAGACAUAUCUGAGGAAGAACUCUUUUAAAAAAAAAAUAUAUAUAUAUAUAUAUAUAUAUAUAUAUAUAUAUAUAUAUAUAUAUAUAUAUAUAUAUAUAUUAGAGAGAGAGAGAGAGGAAGCUGUAGACAGUUCUGCACAACCGGAAGGAGGCCCGAACACAUCUUGAAGAGCACAGAAUACACUCGGCUUGUCCUGUCUUGAGGAAGGAGAGUAACAGAAGAAAGAAAGAGAGCUGAAAAAAAAGAGCAUAGAAACCUUAACUCUUUUACUUGAUUGGUCAUGCCUUACCCAGCCUGGUGCUGGAGUCAGACACUGCCAAACGAUUGCUGAAACAAUCACGCCUCAUUUAUUUGGCGGUGUUCCUGUUGCUAUGGAAACCCAAGAGGAUUGCAUUGAUUAUCCGCCAUUGCAUACGACCUUCAUUUAAAUUGUCCACAUUUUUUUUUUUUUUUUACUUGGAGGUGAAAUGUGUAAAAACUAAUAAGCCAAAACUGAGAAAACAAAUCAAAAACUGGUGGCCACACCUGAUCCCCCUAACGCUUUGGGGAAUCUCUUAAAACUUCUUGUAAUGGCCCCUCCUAGACCUCCCCCUCUGCUCGCUCCAAUCUGGAGGUGUCAUUCCUUUCCACGCCAGUGACCUUCAAGGCACCUGACUGGGCAGUGACACUUUGUUGCCUCUUCUUCGGAUCUGAAAUGUCUUAAAACUCACAAAAAUGGUUGCUUUAUUUGUGUGCGUGUGUGUGUGUACAUCUACAGACAACAUGCUACAGUAUGCACUAGCUAAUCCAGACUUCAACAUAGAAAAAAAGACAAGAAAAGGUUUCAUGAUGGUCAAAAAGGAGGGGGAAAAGCCUGGUUUCCUUAAAACAAUUUCAAAUGUAGACCAGAGCGUUCCUCUCGUGACUUUCCCUUCUGGAUUAGGCCUCAUUCUUGAAAACUUGAAACGCUUGUUUGCAAACUUGAGAGCUCUGCGUCCUUCCUGGAACUGCACUCUGUCUUAGGAGGCCGUCUGCCCACAGCAAACGGCCUUUCAACAUUCUACAUGGCUAAACUUUGCAACAAGCAAGCCCAGGAGCACAGGAUGCAUUGGGUCACACAAACUUUGCCCAUCUCUUACCUGUCAGCUGCACUGACUUUUUAAAUGUUAGCUGUGCUUUUUUUUCUCUAUAAAACAAAUUAAAAAAAAAAAAAAAAAAAAAAAAAAAAAAACCUAAAAAAAAGACAAACAAACAACAACAACAAAAAAAAGGUUUUCUUUCCUGACAGAUUUUCUUUUAAAGAAAAAAAAAAAGUACCCCAUUUGAUCUCUGCACGGCAGAGCCACAGAUUACAGAAUGAUCGGUUCUGAAGUCAAACUUGUCACUGUACACACUUAGUAGAAAUGGUUUAAAUCAUAUUCAAAUGUCUCUCUGGUCUCAUAUUCUGCAACCCUUCCCAGGCAUCUAUGGGUCUCCGCAAUGAGAGUCACCUCCAGAAAAACAUUGUCAUUGUUAAGUACAUAACGAUGACUGCUGACGAUCUCCCAGUCAGACUCUUAAUUAAGACUUCUUACGGACGCAUAGAAACCAGGCCUUGGAAGUGAUGGCAGCCAGUGGGCUGCUGCUGCUGCAUAUGGCACACCUGAACCACAAACACUGGCGCUAAAGAGAAAGAGUUAACACAUGUUUCCACACUUUCAAUCCUGAAAUUGAAGUUGACAGUGUUGAAGGUUUGAAGUAAUUGUAGUCUGGUUCCUUUUUAAAGUUCACAAAUGUUUUAUAUUGGCUCCCCAAAAGAAAGUUGCGUUCGUAAAACCACGUAACCAUGAACGAUCAGUUUUUGGGGUCCAGUGUUUUUUUUUUGUUUGUUUUUUUUGGGGGGGGGGGGGGGGGGUAGCAGGAUUGAAUUAAAUGUGGUGCAUGUGUUAUUUCACCAUUCCAUGUCAACAUUCAGUUAAACGUUCCGUUGGUGCCUGUGUGUCUUUAAUGAACAACUUGUAGACUGCAAACUUUUGAAAAUGCAGCACGCCUGCGCAGAACCAACACAUGCUCAGAAAGAGGCAAUGUGGGGAGCUAAUGUGCUAUGUCCUGUAUGUGGCCAGUUUGUAUUACCAAAAAAAGAGCAUGGUCCAUUUUUUGUUAUUGUUUUAUGCUUCCUGUUGUGUAAAAGUGUCAUCCAAUGCUAUUUUGAAACACUUUAUUACAGAUCAAAUUCCUCACUACUUCCAUGCACAGUCAGCUAUGGUUCUGGGCUCCCCCAGGUUAAUUCUCAUCAGUGCUGAUUGACCCAGUCAGAACAUUGUGGUGCUUUUGAGGUGCUUAGACUGGGGCACUGAACACUGAAAUCACAUGGGUCAGGUCUGUCCCAUCUGUUCCGUCUCUCAUUUAGAAAUAACAAAACAAACUCUUUACACUCGUAUUUCUAAUAUAUAUGAACUCCACUCGCCAGGAAACUGACCAAGAAAUCAAUCAAACGAAGGGAGCGCUUUUAUAUAUCCAGUCUCUGGAGUUUGUUACAGUUUGUUUGUUUUUUUAUUUAUUUAUUUUAUUUUUUUUAAAUAGGACUUACACCUAUUUAUGAAUAAAUGUUACAAGUUAUUAUUGUUGUUGUUAAUCAUAUUAUUAUAGCAAUAUUAAUAAUACAAGAUUAGCAACAACAAUGAUCAAGUGCAUGUUUUGUAAAAUUAACCAAAUGUAUAAAAAGGGUUGAUUGAUUUUGAAAUCAAUCCUCGUUUAUUUAUUUAUUUUUUUGGAGGGGGGGGGGGGGGGAGGCGCUGUUUUAUAUAUAUAAAAAUAAGCUAUAAUGCAACUAAUAAAAUCUAUGAACCUGUAUGAGUUUGACAACGAUCAUUUUCCCAAAUAGAGUUUGUUUUCCCAAUUCCAAAGCACAACUACAGUCCGUACACAGUGAGGGUCUGUGUUGUGAAAGCGCACGGUUAUACUUUCCAAAGAUUUUGCACUGUGCCCCCGUUAACGCAGGAAACUCCCGCUUUUCCUUUGCGUCGCCCCUUUUAAACAUUGAGCCGGCUCCUUGUAAAAAAUAAUAAUAAUAAUGUUUGGUCUCUGGGUGCAUAAAUAUGGACGAUCAUUGGAUCAUCUACCAGGAGACAGUUAGUUAAUAUGGACGAUCAUUGGAUCAUCUACCAGGAGACGGUUAAUAUGGAAGAUGAUUGGAUCAUCUACCAGGAAACGGCUAAUAUGGAAGAUGAUUGGAUCAUCUACCAGGAAACGGUUGUAUGCAUUAGCCAGACCAGAGAUUUUAAGGUCAUAUAGCUAGGCUUAUUGACACAACAAAUGUACAAAGUUAUGUGGAGUGGCUAUAGUUAUUUAAAGUAGCUGUUGCCUAUAGCCAUGCAGAUCACGCAUAUUUGCAAAUGGCAUCCGCAGGCUUCAACGUCUGAUCCCUACCAGUUGUGAUGAAUGAAAGUGUUCCCCUUCCAAGCCUCAGCCUCUGUAUAACAAUGUCACUCCAUUGAUAAGAGCACGCUGUCUGUAUACUGCUCCCCUAGUCUGUCUGCUGGAACCUGUCUGUGUCAUGUGUCCACAUAGCUGUUCAUGUCUGGAUUGUUAAAGAUGCAGUACCCUGUCUGACCAGCAGGGACUGAGUAACCCCCUCCCCUCAGGAAUCCGGCAGUACCACCAGUACGCCUCCAUGCAUCAGUGCACCUCUAUUUCCAGCACUGGAAACUGCUUUUAAACCACUAGAGCUAAUGCAAACCCUUAAUAAUCUGCACCACAGGAGGUGCCGUAACUGCAAGAUCGCUGUAAUGACAUUGAAAUGUCUGUUUGGGUUUGGACAGGGAAAUCAUCCAAAACAUUCCUGGAAAAUGAGAAUCUGUUUCUGUAACAGCUGGCUAGGGAAAAACUGCCCCAUGGCCUUAUUAAUGGGUACUGCAUCUUUAUAUAUAUAUAUAUGUGUGUGUGUGUGUGUGUGUGUUUUUCACAUAAUCAGUGUGUAAGUGUAUUCAGUCAGAGCUCCUCCUCCCUCCACCUUGCACUACUCCAGUAUGUAAGACCCUGCGUCCUCGAUUCCGAGCAGUGGGUUUUAUCCGCAGUGCCACGGGGGCUGUGUUCUCCACUGUCCUGCUGGGGUGAGUGAGCUGCAAGCUUUGAGUCGUGGGUGAGGAAGGUGUCCAAGUGCAGGGCGUAUUCCUCCAUUGUGUACUAUUGCUAUACAUUUCUACAGGCCUGUUUUUAUUUUGCUUUAAUCUAUAAUUUGCAAGGGAUGGGUUUUGACGUAGCUCACUGCCCGUGGUGGUGGCUCAGUCAGGCGCCUGCCUGCAUGUUUUGAACGUUGAUGCUAAUGUUUGUUUUUUCAUUACCUCUCAUGGUCUGAGGACCAGCCACUGUGUGGCUUUAGGGUUCCCGAUUGUGGGAAAUUGUUGUAAAAAAAAAAUAAUAAUAAUAAUAAUACUAAAUAAAUAAAAAAAGUUGAAAUGCCCAAGGUGAACCACAGAGUGAGAAAUACUGUAGAGUCACUGUACAUUGCAUCUGCUCCCUCCCCCUCCCUUCCGUAGUCUUGACAUGCAAAGAUGUCUCACAGAUACACAGCAUGUCUCUUUUACAUUGUUCAUUCUAUCAGUGUGGAGCUGUGCUUGCCCAGCCUGUUAUCCUCGAUUCAAUCACUGGGAGUGCAAUGUUCACACACACAAACGGCCCCCACGUGCAAACACCUUAUUUUCCUCCAGUGUAAAAUUUGCACCGUUUUUGUGAACACUGUCUGGGGAUGUUAAUUUAAGGGAUCACUUUGUUGCUUGUAGUUCUGUAACGUCACAGGUGCGCUCUGUUCAUGCACAGUGCAGAUCAGCUUUGAUAAACAUGGGAUCUUCAGCUAGAAAUCACAAAGCUCUCUGAGAGGACUGUAUUGUCAUUUGGGAGCGAGGGGCAUAUUUUCCCUUUGGCUUGACACACAGAGGCUCCACAGCCCCUUUGACACCAGUGGCACUCUGCACUCCGAAUUCCUGCGCUGUUCUCAGCUGCACAGCACCACUUUUGCUAACCUGAAAAUAUUCACUUUAACUUUUUUUUUUUUUUUUUUUUAAAUAAUAAUAAUUGUCAUUAGUAUGAUUUAUUUAUUUAUUUAUUUAUGGUUAAAAAAGAUUCCCAGGACAGCCCCCCCCCCACAGUUGAGUGCCUGUCUGGUUUUAAUGGCAAGGUUGCAUUGAGGCACAGUAAACAGGAGUCCCAUUGCUCUCCAGUGUAUUAUAAUUGUAUAGGACCUAAAACUCCCCUAAACCCCAGGACCCUAUACUCCCACUGUGUCAACCCCCUCAUUUAAAAUGAUUGGCUGUUUAAAGAGGUUCCUCUUUGGGAUUUCUCUUUGGGGUUCUUGAAGCAGAUCAGCCUUUUCCAGCUUUUGGAUGUUUUGAUUCCAAGCUUUACCACAAUUCACAGAUUGAUUUUCAACGCGUUGAGGAAUGCGAUAAAAGAGUCUCCAUUGCACCUUGGUUUUGUUCUUAAACGUGGAAUGACUUUGAUAAACACUCCAGCCUGUCCUGUGCUUUUAUUUGUUUAAUUUCCACCUCCUUUUUUUUGCUGUACAAAGUGUUUUAAAAAAUAUUAUUAUUUGUAUUAUAUGAUGUUAGUAAGGUAAUGUUCUUUAUUAAGGAAGAAGAAAAUUUAUUUUUGUUACUGGUCUGUUUCAUAAUUCUUUUUUAAAUUGGUAUUGUAAGAUAUCUAUGCAAGAACUGUUCUGUGGAGCAUUUUUAUUUAAGAAUGUAAUAUGUGUAAUAAAUGGUAGAAUCUG